AUGAUCGAUGAAUUAUUUCAACAAAUUGGCGUUACUCAUUUAUAUUCAACACCAUAUCAUCCACAAACCAACAGCCAAAUUGAACGAUAUAAUUCAACGAUGGAUGCCAAAAUUGCAGCAUUAUCAAACGAACAAAAUACCGAUUGGGAUGAUCAACUCCCUUUUGUUACAUUCAAUUAUAAUACCGCGCUUCAUGCAACAACAAAACAAAUUCCAUUCGAAAUGAUGUAUGGGCGAUCUCCGAUCCUUCGUUUUGAUCAUCAAGACCAACCGUCUCGCUCACACAAGACCCAAAGCAUUGUAAUAAAUUAAAUAAAUAUUUGUCGUCAUUAACCGAAAAAGCCAAGCAAAACAUCUCGAAAAGUCAGCAGCAAUAUAAACAACGAUAUGAUGCUAAUAGAUCAAACCCAAAGUACAAUAUUGGUGAUCUCAUUCUCGUUAAAACACAAACGAGGAUUGAGUGUUUUAACGAGAGGUUUGAGUAUUGGGUACCCAAGUCUCGGACUUGGGUUUGGGUAUUGGGUCAGACUUGGGUUAUUAAAAGACUCCUUUUAGCUGAGAUACCUUCUUUUGCUGUGGCUCUUUGAGAAAACAGGAUGUAAGAUGUUUAUUUCGGCCUGUGGACAUACGUAAUGUCUAAUGCUAACGAUAAGAGCUCAUUUUGGAUUAGUUCAAAUAUCCAACAGUUGAAUGUUUUAUUCUACUUAUCUUGUUCAUAUCAUCCUCAUCCUUGAAACAGAGAAAAAUACUAAAAAAAUAAGCACUGGUAACAUGCCACAAAUAUGUUAACAAAUGGUCGGUGAACACUAUAAAAAAUGAUAUAAAAGAAUAGGGAAAACUAAAGAAAAAAAGUGAAGUUUUGAAAGCGAAAACAGCGACGAUGAAGAGAAAAAGAUAAAUGAAUAGUAUGCCAGAAGAGCGUAAGGUACUACUGCUAAGUUUCAUUGAAGAAGAAUAUUAAUGUACUUUGGCAACUGAUCCAAACCCAAACCCAAUACACCCAAGUCGCUUGGGUUUGGGUUUGUAACAUACCUACUGAAGAAUACAACAGUAGAUUAAAAAUAUGUUGUUGUUUAUAUACAGUAGUUUGUGGAAGGAUUACCUCGUAUGGAAUUCUUUUGGUAAGAGCUUAUUUAUUUUCAGGCCUCUUCUCUUGCGGUUAGCAGGUAGAAGAGGCUGAAUUAGGUAUAUGAAAAAAACUACCAUUUGUUCCAAGAACUCAAUGUAAGCCAAAACAUUAAUUUUUUCCACCCAAUUCCGAUUUAACCGUUGACCUAUCUCGUUUCGUUAUCUGCGAAAGAGACCGCAUCAGAUCAGUUUUAUUUGAUCUGACCAACCACCUUUCUCUGUAUGAUGUGUCCGGCAGACUGCGCUUUGAAAUACCGAGAUUGUAGUAAAUCAUAUUGUAUAAAGAGUGUCCUACAAGUUCUGAAACGAUUUCUAGAACGAUGAAUUUACAAAUCGCUUCAGAAAAAGAAGUUCCUUACUAUACCAAACGAUAGAUAAUUUGAUUCUCUACAAGAUUGUAUAUUCAUUUUUAAGAUGCAUAUUUGAUGUUUAGCACAGUAAGUCUAACAGGAAAAGGUCCAAAUUGUUUAACUGCAUAACGCAAUUUUAAAGUGCAAACUGCUCUCUUUUUUAAAUUGCUUAUAAUGAGUACAACCGUUUGGCACUAUACAAGAGUUCUUUGCGAGUUUUCGUUUUCGUCUACACUUUUAUUCUCUUUGAGAAAUUUCCCCAUCUUGAAAUCGAGUCAAAAAAAAAAGGAUUUGUAUUUGGGUGUCUAAAAGCAAACGCAUGUAAUUUUGUUCUUAAGGUAUAGCUAAUGGGCUAGCUACUUUAACAGAGGCUGUUACCACUUUUUGAAUAGAACUUUUUAAGAAAUUCUUUUAAAAUUUUCAUGUCUAAGAAGAAAAAAAUGAAAAGAAAAAUGACAUCAAAUACAACGAAAGAAAAAGGUGAUGGCUGCUUUUCUUCGAUACCAGUAUACCACAGCUGAUUUAAUAUAAAAUACUGCAAUAGUUUCAACUGCAAUUUGUUUUUGCUUUAAAAAUGUUGAUACUCUUAAUCGUGAAAUCUCCUCUAGAAAAUUUUGAUAAUACAAAUUAUCUAGUUCUCUUUUUGUUUGGAACCAGAGCUGAUCACCUGCAUUGUAAACUGCCUGCAACCUGCAGGCAGUGCAGGCAGGUUGCAGUUUGCAGGUGAACGAAAAAAUUUUCCACUAACGGCCGGCAGAUAAAGAAGAAUGUUUUCCUGCCU